GUUUCACAUCCUGUGCAGCAGUAAACACUGAAGUAAGAAGGGGUUGGUGACUGUUAGGAGACCGCAAAGGAACCGAGGACUGGAAUCCAAAAAACUAGAGUUAAAAGCUCUCCGGGGUUCCUGACAGCUCAGCUGUUACUAACAGGAAGGGCCACAGACUCAGCUGUGCAAAGCCCCAUCAUGAUAUCACAAAUAAUGACCAAUGAAGAUGUUACGGUGAUUACAUCAAAUGGAAUCAUUUUUCCCCAAGCAAGCAAACCUCAACCUACCCACCAGAGUCAGGAUAGCCUGAAGAAAUCUUUAAAGGCAGAGGUCAAAGUGAUGGCGACGAUCCAGAUUAUGUGUGGUGUCAUGGUGUUCUGUCUGGGGAUCGUUUUAGCGUCUGCUUUCAUGGCCCCACAUUUUACUUCAGUGUACUCCAUCCUGUUAAAGUCCACUUACCCCUUUUUAGGAGCCUUGUGUAAGAGACAAAGAGAAUUAUUGCAACAACCUGGAAAGAGGUACAAGGACACCUGUUGCUCAUUUCAGGUUCGCAGCAGCCUGGCUCUAAGCAUCCUGAGCAUUCCUUUUGCUCUCCUGGGCAUCAUCAUCCUCUCUAUCAUUCUGAAUAAGUUGGAAGCUGCCUUACAUCAGUGUGAGCUGAGCAAGGUAUUUACACCAACCGAAAACAUUUACAGCUACUACAGGGAGCCACGUGACACAGGCUGCCUCCCUGCCAAAGGUGUUCUGACUGGAGCCAUGUCUGUGAUGCUGAUCGGCAGUGUGCUGGAGCUCGGCCUGGCUGUGCUCACUGCUGUGUUGUGGUGGAAGCAGGCCCACUCUGACUUCCCUGGGAAUGUGAUUUUCCUGCCUCAGGGCUCAAGGGAUAAACCCGACGUGUUUUCAAAGACACCUGCAUCCUCUGCAUAUGAAGAACUGUUGAUUCCUUAAGAAUAAAAAAAGUAGAAAAUAUUCAUCAGAACGUCUAUUUUUAUGAUAAUGUAGAAUAUCCAAUCAUUGCAAGAGAGAAAUGAUUAAAUUCCCUAAAAUGUAGGCUGCUUAUACAGUGAGUACCAGACAUGUGCUGAACAGGCAUAUUCAGUGACAUUCUUUUGAUUUGCAUGACCUUGGCUUCAGCCAAAACUCCAGUCUGUAAAUUCCCAUUUCCUGGAGUGCCCAAGAGUCCCAGCUAUUUCUCAGAAAACUAUGCAGAAAGUUUCAAGGGAUCUUGGUAGAGCAAAGGGCCAACAUUUUCUUAUCUGCUGCAGUUGGCAGCAGUUUAACUAUUUGGUGUCUGCGUUCAGAAUCCCUGUGAUGACAGAAUUCUUUUGUCAUAUCCAUUUUAUUCAUUAGUGCAUGGAAACAUGUUCCCUGUAGUGGAGUCUCAAGGAGUGUACAUGCUGUUGGUCUCAAAAUAAAGGCUUAGUGUGAUUGUGUGUUUUAUUUGUAA